AGCUGUGCUGCCAGUAGCGCUGCGCUGAUGUCUGAGGGAGAAAAGGGAAGAAUUUGUGUUGUCCUCUAGUGCAAUCUUAUUUACGAGACUUUAAUCAGGCAGGAAAUGAUUAUUCAUCGGAAGUAACUCACAUGGAUAUGUAACAGACGAAUCAUCAGUAGUGUCGGUGUGUACUUGCUUUAGUGAUUAUGAGGACCAUCGAAGCAAAAGUAGUAGUUUUGGGUGCUCAAGGUGUGGGAAAGACAAGUUUGGUGGUACGUUAUAUAGGCAAGAUGUUCAAUCAUCACAUUAGUCCUACCAUUGGAGCAUCGUUCUUCACCUGUAAAAUCAAUGUUGAAGACACGAGAGUGAAGCUGCAGGUGUGGGAUACAGCUGGUCAAGAGAGAUUUAGGUCCAUGGCUCCUAUGUACUACAGGAAUGCAAAUGCUGCCCUUCUAGUCUUUGACAUUACUCAACAUGAAACAUUUGAAGCUGUUAAAGGAUGGGUGAAAGAACUCCAGAGGAAUGUGGAAGAACCUCUUGUUCUAAAUCUAGUCGGAAAUAAAACAGAUUUGGUUGGAGCCCGUCAGGUUUCCCAUGAUGAAGCUCUUAUUUAUGCACAAAAUAUUGGAGGCAGCUACUUUGAAUCGUCUGCUUUGCAAGAUCAUGGUGUUGAAGAGGUUUUCCUUGAUACUGCUUUAGGAAUAAUUCGCCUUGGAGAAGAGCAUCCCCUUCAGAGUAGCAUAAGAAUUUAUGAAUCCACUAGCGAGAGCAGUUUAAAUUCCUUGCAGUCUGUAAACAGAAAUCCACAACUCUGCAAGAAUGUUGAUGAUGUUGUGGUGCACACAGAUGGAGCACCUCAUGCUGAGACUGAGCGCCCUUUCCUUUGCUGUUGAUUAAAACUGUAGUAUUAAGUUGCUCCCAUCAUGUGCCUUUUUGAAGAACAAUGGUAACACAGGUUUAAGUCUUCAUAUGGAAUAGUUUAUUCUUUUAUGUAAACUUUGACUAUGCUUACAUAUAAUUGAGCAUCUAAUUAUGAUAUAUGAAAUAGUAUUUUCCUAAACUGAAGGAAAGACGUUUAUUCAUUGCUGACAAUAAGAUUUGGAGAUGUGGAAAAACCUCUGGAAAGAUUUAGUGUACCUUUUGCAGGAAGUAUUUUAUAUUUAAUUCCAUGUAAAAGACUUGAUUUCAGCCGGGGGGGAAAUGUACGGAAAAUAUAGAUGUCAAAUAUUUUGUUAUUGGAGGUGAAAGUUUAAAAUUGGAAACAAAGAACAAAUGUUGAAGACGAAGAACUAGAGACACUUUUAUUCUAGGUGAAUGUGAUAGUUGAUGUGCGUAUGGUUUUUUAAUGUUUAAUUUUGUGUGCCUUUUUUUGUAAAAUGGAUUACAUUAUUUUACUAAUUUUGAAUUUUAUUAAUUUUUGUAAUGAAUGAUUGAGCAAAAGAAUGAAUAUCUACUGUAUUAUGAAGUAUAUUGCUAUAAGAGCUUCAUUUUUUUAUGAUUCUAUUCUUUCCUCUUUUUACAUUCCUAGUUAUUUGUAAACUUUCAAGCCAGGAUUUUUGUUCAUUAUGCAGGAUGUUUUGAAAAGAAUUCUUUACUCUAUAUAAUAUGGAACAAAGUUGUGGCAUUGUGAUAUAUAUGUACUCUGUAGUUUCCAUUCCAUUUCAUCUAUUUUAUAAGUAUUUGACUGUCAACCAUAUUUUAUAUUCUGAAUGGUGCUGUAGUGUUUAGUAAUAGAUUUUCUUCAGGAAAAUGAAAUGAGAGGAACUGAAUGUGUGAGGGCAAUUGAACCGUCCAAUGCAUAAAGGGUACAUCUUACAUUUUCACAAUUUUACAGAGGACAGAAAAAACAAUUUGCAACAAGACUUAUUAUUAGUAGUUUUUUAUUUUGUAAUAAUUAGUAGUAUUGUAUUUUGUAAAUUUUUGUGCAGAAACAUUUGCAGUAUCUGAACGUAAUAUAUUACAGAAAACCUUUUUGCACAGUGAAAGAUAAAGCUAAAAGAAAGACAUACCAAUCAUAACAUUAAAAUAGCAAAACUGAACAUGUACCCUUUCUGCAUUGGACAGUUCAAUUAAGUUCCACAUAGUAGUGAUUGUUUAUACAUGACAAAUGCUGAAGAUACUGCAUAUCAAUGCUAAGAUAGUAAAACAAGAAAUGUUUCCUGUAAACUUUGAAGUCUGGAAGAUAAAAUUUAUGGAAAAGUUAGGAUAACGCAGGGAAUUUGAAUGUAAAGAAUGAAUAAAUGAUAUGUUAUUUAAAUAUCCAGGAAGAUCUUGUAUGUGACAUUUUAAAUGUGACUACUAAGUAAUUCUUUACUUAUGGUCCAUAUUUUUGGUUUAUGGGUGGAAAUAUAUUUGAUUAAGAAGUGAGAAACUUUUAGGAUAGAGGUGAGAAUCUUUGCCUUCAUUUUCUCAAUUCUGCUUUCACAAAGAAAAUAAACACAUUUGAUGAAAUGAAUGGGACCCACCUUUAGAAUGUAACUUUGGAUACAUCAUUUAUUUCUUUAUGUAUAUGAAUGCAAGUGAAGAUUUUCUCUUAUUUAAUCAAAGUACUCAGAAAACUAGAAGGACAAGAAUUGAUAUUAGAAAAUUUCUGACAUGAUGUCACCACCCAACUAAGUCCUAUGUUCCGUUCACGGAUUUUAAACUUCACUGUGUUAAUUUAAUGUAACUUUUUGUACUGAAAUAUUGAUACAUCUUAAUAACAUUCAAAAAUAAAGUUAAUGUAGAAUUUGCAAGGUUGAAUAAGCAUUACAAAAUAUUUUAAAUGGUACAUUUACAAAUUUAUUAAUUUUGAUAAUUUAAAAAUGGCACAUUUGUGACAAAUAUACUUCAUAAAAGGUAUUGUGUACAGAAGUUUUUAAUUUUAAUACCAACUUCCUUUAAUGGCAAUGAUUAUUUUUUCUAUUUUCUCUUUAACUCUGAGGAGUUUGGUUUCCAAAGGACCUAUUGUUGGUGCUGUUGUCUUGUCAGUCAACACCCCCAUUCAGAUUUUUUAAAGUUGGGUACCAUGUGUGCUCUCUGGAAUCUGGGGCUCUGUUGUGCUUCCUGAUAACUGGGUUGAAGACUGUGAACUAACAUGUUCUUCCCACAUAUGAUAAAUAUAUCAAAUACUGCUAUCACAUUUGGUUGCAUAGUUAUAUUGCUUUAAAUGCACUGAAUUUCUGACAGGUCACCAAGCAAUAUUUUAUAUUGUUUACCUAGUAUUAAUUGUGAGAAUUAUUUUUUAUCACACAAUGAAAUGUGGAGAAAUUUUACAACACUAUUUUUACAGGCACCUUGCAUUUUGAUAUUGAUACUUUCAAAUUGGAAGAAUCAGUGGAUUAAGAGGAGGGUUAAUGUUCCAAAUUUUAUUAUUCAUUUCCUUGUGUCUCCAUUUAUACUUUUUAGAUAUAUUAGGUUUAUAGUUUGGCAUAAGGAAACUUCCAUACCUCAUAAGAGUUUUCAUAUUGAUAUGCAGUUCCUAAGUAAGCAAAUUACCUUGUUUUGUUAAGCAUGUUGGUGUUAAUGCUAUGAGUACCUUUUAAUUAAGUUUUUUAACUUUUUUUGUUUGUUUGUAAUAAGUGUACAUUUAUGUGACAAUUGUGAAUAGUCCAUAAACAGUACAAAGUAGCAAUUCCCUGACAGCUCUUCGGAGACUUAAUGUUGUUUGUUAUGGUGUCACACAUAUUUAAUUUCUUCUCUCAUUUUUAAAAACAAAAUAUGCUGUAGAAAACAUUAUUGCAGGUUAAUUUUUUUUAAAGAUUUUUCAAUGAUUGCUCCUAUGUUCUGAUACAUUUAAGAUAACUCAAUGGAUAUCAUUCUGAAAUCUCUUUCAGUGGUUGUGAUCAAGCUCAGAAAAGUUUGCAGGAUAGCCAGUGAACCUUGAAUCUUUCAAAACUGUUAAAAAAGUUGUGAAUUUUGCUUGAGACUAGGAAUUUAUAUUUUUAUUAUUAUUAUUAUUAUUAUUAUUAUUAUUAUUAACUUCCUUGAAUAUUUGGUGUACAGUAUAUUAUCUAAUAAUCUUUUUUAAACAAAAACAGAUCUCAUUAUUUUGUUUGAAAUACAUAUGGGGGUCUAAUGUCGUAAGUACUAUUAAUAUUUUUUUUUUUUUUUAAAGAAAAAAACUCAGCUCCUUUGAUUUUCCAUGUCUAUAAAAGUUUUGUUAAAAUUUUUGGAUUUUUUAAAUUAAUGAAUGUUUAGUUACUUUAUGAACUUGUACACCUAAAUCAUAAGAUUCACAGUUUUUGUGCUUAAAAACGCAGUCUCCAAAAUAAUGAACUAACUUUUUAGACUGCUCAACUUGUUUUCUUUUACACUGAAACAUCUUGUUGAAAAGGAUUCUUAAUAAACUGGAUGUGUCUGGAGGGAAAAAAGUCUUGUUUCUGAAAAACAUGUUAACAAUGUAGUCCAAUGAAAGUAUAUUCUGGCAGCAUUGAGAAUUUUCUAAUAGUUACAUCCAUUCUCUGCAAAAUACAUGCUGCCUCUAUAAAGACUUACUCAAAAUCAGUUAUAAAAAACCAGUCGAGGAAUUGUUGGAAAAAAAAGUAGUAUGAAAUCAAAUCUGUGAAAUACAAAAAUGUACAAAUGUUGGCUGAUGUAACCAAAAUGUCUAUGGAAAGCGAAAAAAUAAAUAUUUGUUUAGAUUGUUUAGUUACUGUGCUUGUUAUUUAUUGUAAUUAU